AAUACAGACUAAAAUCGUGCUUCAACUUUCUUGAAAUGCUUUGGAGUGACGGAAGACGGCGCUAAAUUCCACAUAAUGCGGGUAUGUUGACGGCAGGAGAGAGGGAGGGGCGUGUAGCGAUCGGUUGAUCGGUAUUGUGAUGGCGGCUACUUGGCUUGUAAUCUUGGAUGUGGAAUUUGUGUUGUAAUGGAAUAACUCAAAUAUAUACAAUAUCUUGGCCUUUCAGACAAAAUCACGACUAAGAAAAGUGUUUUUGCUUUUAAGCAUUGCGUUUUUAAGCAAAGAAGUUGAUAAUGGGUUCGAAAAAACACAAAAAACACAAAUCGGAGAAAAAAGACCGCUAUGAAGAAAAACAGUUUGGCAUUGAAAAACCUCCAUCCUUGAAACUAAUAUUGAAAGUAGGCAGUUCAUCUACACCAGAACAUAGCAGUGAUUCUCCAGGGCCUACACUCCCCCCUGUACACGCAAAUAUAAAUUAUAGCGUUGCAUCCCAGGCAGGAGAUGAAGAAUCACAUUUGUCAACUGCCUCAUUUCAUACAAAGGAUGAGACUCACAUUGACCGCCAGCACAGAAAGGCCAAAAAGAAGAAGAAGAAGAAGGAAAAAGAUAAAGAUAAGGAAAAACAUGAAAAGAAACACAAACAUCAUCACAAAGAGAAGCGUAAGAGGCCACGGGAUGAAUCAAGCCAAGAUGAUAUAAGUGUGGGUGAGGAGUCAUUGUCUGACCCACCUUUGCCCAACAAACGUAUUAUGAUGGAGGGCAAUGUGGGUGACGCAUCUCAAGGUACCAAUUCAGGAGAUGGUACACAUCUUCAUCAAGGACAAGUGUGUACUUCACGAGAACCACGCUCCUGUGUGCUUCGACAACGACAAGAACGCUCAGCUUUGCAACGAUUACUUGAUCAUUUGUUAAAAGGAUUAGAGAAACGAGAUCCACAACAGUUUUUUGCUUGGCCUGUUACUGAUCAUAUUGCUCCUGGUUAUUCCCAAAUAAUUUCACAGCCUAUGGAUUUCAGUACAAUGAAGCAGAAAAUUGAUGAUGGUGCUUAUUCAUGUCUUGGAGACUUCAUUGAUGAUUUCAAAUUAAUGUGCAACAAUGCAAUGGUAUACAAUCAUCCUGAAACAAUAUAUUACAAAGCUGCAAAGAAGUUGCUUCAUGUUGGUUUGAAGUUCAUGAGUGCUGACAAGUUGAAACCUCUGCGCUCAGUAUUACCGUACCUUUGUGAAUUAACUCGUGCUGAAUUGGGUUUUGAACUUGGCAAUGAAGAUUACUUAGCAUCAGGCACGCCAAUGAAAUCAGAGAAUUUGUCUGCAGAAGAAGGAGGUGGAAGUGUGAGAGAUGAUUGUGAUGAUAUGAGUGCUGAAGUUCGAAGGGAACACAGACGAAAAAUGAAGGAAAAUAGACCUUUGAGCAAAUUUGAAGCAAUUCCUGAUGACCUUACUCCAGAAGAAAUAUUACAGCAAGCACAAAAUGCUGCCAAAGCUGCUGCAGAUAAAUUAUCAAUGAAACAAGUGAAUUCUAAAAUGGGCUUUCUGAGGCAGAAGAAAGAUGGGAGCACAUCUUUAGCAAUUUUAAUACCCACUGAUGGAGUAACACCUGGCACCAAUGAGCGACCUGUAUCUUUAGGUGCCUUUUCUGGUAAAUUAACCCAUGGGACUGGCCAGUUGCAGGGCUUCCGGGAAGAUCGACGUAAUUUGGCAAAGACUGUAAAACCACUGUAUUAUGGUGCCUUUGGAUCAUAUGCUCCAUCUUAUGAUUCCACUUUUGCAAAUUUAACUAAAGAAGAGUCUGAUCUUGUUUAUCAGACAUAUGGUGAUGAGACUGCUGUGCAGUAUGCUGAAAGCAUCCAGGACUUCACCAAAGACUGUGAUUACACACUUACAAUGGUUGAUAAUUUAUUGGACUUGCUGACUGGUGGGGAGCACAGACGAACUAAACGAAUAUUGGAAGAACGUCGGAAAUUGCGUGAGGAAGAAGAAAGAGUACGACAAUUACUUGAAGGGCGUGGCCCUUCAGGUGUACAGAGUGGUGAUGUUCAAUCACAACCUCUACAGCAAAUGCAACCAGUUCCUGUUGUUAAUAAUAAUAGUAUUAAUAAUAAUAAUAACAAUAAUAAUAAUAAUAAUAAUAUUAUACAGAACACCGCACUACCUAACAUAGACACAAGAGUGGACUUUUCAGCUCUUAAGUCUCUUAGUAGUGUUGGUCUUGAUGUUGAUUUCUUGGAUGAAUUAGAAUCACACUUACGAACUGGUGAUGAGCAUCGUGCUGCUGAGCAAGCAAUGCAAGUGCAAUUGGAUCACACAUCAAAUCUUCUACAAAAGCUACAGCAAGUUCAGAGUGAUCGAUUAAGCAUGGCGCCACCUCCACAUCUCUCACAAGUAGCACUUCCUUCUGAUGGGGAACUUCAGCUUGCUGAGAAAAUUACUGAUAAUUUGAAGGAUAUGGCCAAGAAGGUGAAUCCAAUUGAUAUCACAUCAGUGCCUGCGCUGAGAAAAGCCAUGGGUAUUCUUCCUGAAGCAGGGCCUCCUUCUCAUCCAGAAUCUCCUUUGGAAGUUAUCGAUUCUGUUCCAACACAUGUUGUACCAUCAGAUGCAGCUGUUGCCUCUGGAAGUGGUUUGGGCAAUGUGGUUCCUGUUCCUCUCUUGGGAUCUGGUCAGGUGACAGGUGAUGCCACUGUUGUGGAAGAGGUAGAUGUGGAAGGUACAAAUUCCCAGGUAGGUGGAGAUGAUGUGGCAGAAGUUGGGGGAUUGGUGACGGACUUGGAAUCAGAGCUUCGAGAGUUCUUAGAGAGCGGUCCACCUAUCAGUAGUUCUCCCCUUCAUGAUGAUAAAACUAUUGAAGAAAUUUUAUCUGAAUCCUGAGGAUCGUGUACACCCAUGUAAAUGGUUUGUUUUGGUAUAACUUUAAGGAAAGAGAUAUGUGAUAUUUAAUAUCAGCAACAGGACAAUAUAGCUGCUAGUUUUGAGUGCAGUGCACUUUUGAAGUUCAAUAUUAUUAAAAAAGUUUAAUAGUUUCUGAUAGUCAUAUUGCAAUAUACGAAUGGUUCUCUGGAGAAUUUUGUGCAAAGAAUACUGUUGGUUGGAGAAAUACUAUGAUAUCCUGCUUGAUGCUAUUGGAUGAUUGAUGUUUUUAUGCCAAGUGCUUGCAUUGAAGUGUUUAUUUUGUGUGCGAUUUCUUUGAGUUUUGUGACUGUUACCAUCUGAAUUGUGGAGUUGGUAUGAAGUAUUGUUUGUCUUCAUUUUUAAUAUUCUUAACUGUAAUUUCUAAAUUGUUUGAAGGAAUGAAUCCUAACUACUAAGUGAUGAAAGUAAUUUCAUGAAAUUUAAAAUUCUUCAGUUUUUGAAACUAUUGUAGUUAUGAGGAUGUACAGACCAUGAUGCUAUUGUUUAGCCCUUUAACAUUCCAGUUACAGAGGAAAUUGCAUAUAAGCCUUCAAAAAUAAAAUAAAAUAAAAUAAAAUAAAAUUAUGCAAGAUUCAGGAAAUUCUGAUUUUUUAAAAGUGCAAAUAUUCGUAUGUGGAAUAAUUGGUAAUGUGUUGUUCAGUUGCUGACUCAAGUUCACUGGUAGAUCUCUAGAAUUGUGAAUAGAUGUAUUUAUUCAGAAAAGUAUUGUCAUAAUUGAAUAAUUUUUACUCUUACAUUACCAAGUUUGUUUUCACUCCAACUCCACAUCUUGUAUCUUCCACAUUGUUUUCUUGUCUGUCUUUCCAAUAUUUUUAAAAUAAUAUGUAAAUAGUAGUGUGCUUGAUUAUUGCAACCAAUUAUUUUGGUCUUUUAACUGUUGUUGUCACAUUGAUAAUGUUGCUUGUUCUUCAGUUGUAGACAUUUUGUGCACUCUUCCUAUUAAACAUUAGAUAAUUUGGAUGGUAACGUGAUGAAAUACAACUUUGUGUAUUAUUUUUGUUUCUGUUUUCACUGAGUGUUAUUACUGACACUGGAAGUAAAUAAAAAUAAUUUAACAAAUGAACUGUUAGUAUAGGAGGGCACCAAAUUGCAUAGUAAUGUUCACUGACUUCCAGUAGAAAUUAGUGCAACAAUGAAGUGACAGAUUGUUUCAUACAUGGAAUUGAUUGACUUGAUCAGAUGAAAAGUAUUGAAGUCAGGGAAUGUCAUGUUACUAGUUGAGUGUUGCUAAAGCAUUAAAAUCGUAUUUUUAUAUUUAUAAAAGUGAAGUCUCCUAUUGAUAAUUGAAAAUAUUUAAGAUGUAAUGCUCGUAUUUUCAAAAUUUUAAUAGGCCAAAAUUUUCUUAUUCUACUUUUACUUAUCUGCUUCUUGUCGAAAGUGUUAUUGAAUUGGAGAUGAGGGGAAGCAAAUUGAUACAUUUAUAAGAAUGUAGGUGCUUCAGGAAUUAUGUAGACUCAUAAAUUCUCAACAUAUUUUAUGAUGUGAUGGUUGCUAUAAAAAUACAAUUGUGUACCAGUAUUUUAAACUUUGAUUAGAAUGAGCUGCAAAAGUACAGAAAAUGUGCAUUUGGGUAAUGAACAAAUAUAUAAUAUUGUAUGGCAUUGUCAGUAACAAUACUGUUUCCUAUUAGAACAAUAAUUUUUUUACAAUUGUUUAAAACCUCCUUUGGUUGAAUUAGUCAUGUGUCUGCAUGGCAUUAGUGGAUUAUCUCCUGUUAUGGGAAACUGAAGGAAUGGUCCGCAGGCUUGCAUAACUGCAGUGAAAGCCACAUACAAUCAAAGAGCAUCUUGAAAAAAAUUAAUGAAACCUGUGUAAUUCAACAGUAGUGCCAUAGUUCUAUUUUUCUCUGCUUAUGAAAUACAUUGUGGACUGCAUACUUGUGUGCCAAGUAAAGAUAUACCACUUUCAGUAGUCAAUUUUUGCUUGUAGUGAAAAAGAAAAUAAACAGAACUAAUGUGUAGCUAUAGUCAAAAUUUCAAAUUAUAUUUAAUUUUUAUGCAUUUACUUUUCUUUCUAACUUCAAUAAAACUAUAGUUAGUGUGCUAUCGCAAUUUCUUCUUGAUGAAAAUGUCUAAGCAAACAAUAAAUGUGAACGUACAUUAACAUAAAUUUUCAGAUUGUUCAAACUUAUCAUAGACUUUUCAAUACCUUUGUUGUUACAUUGUGUGCUUCAGAUAUAGUUAGAUUUGUAACCAUUCUUUUAUCUUGCAUGUUUCCUGAGGUACCAUAGCAUUUUUUUAUGGUAAUAAUUAUUUGAACACAAUUUCUACAGACAUCUGGGUGCAUGUUUGUAUUUCUGUAGUAAUGAAAGACCAUGUACUUAUUCCUGAAUGUGUCUAAAAUUUCUCAGAAAUGUAAUGAAUAUAUUACUUUUAUUUGGGAAAUGCAUGUCAUAUCUAUUUCCAUCUAGUCAAGAGUAUUUUUGUUUUUCAUUGCUGGAUGUAUUAAAUAUAGGAUUUCCUUGAAGAAACAAUUUCUGGGAUUUUUGUAUUGGUGUUAUUUUGAUAUUUUCUUUUUUGCAACAUUGUUCAUUAGUGAUUUGAACAGUUUCAAAAAUUUAUUCUAUGGAAGGAUAUAUUCCAUGUCAACACCGUUUUCUGUUGGUAUUUCCUUCUUUAUUGGUCAUGUUAUCGAUUUUUGUGGAAUCUAAUGGAAAUGCAAUUUCAUGAAAAGUGACAAAAUGACUGUUGGUCAUUUUUUUUAGUUGAAUUUUUAGAAUUUGAAAAUGUAAUAUUUUUAUAUAACAUUUAUUUUAAAAAUGUUAAACUGAGAGAUAUCUUAAGUGUUUUUACAAGUUUUUCACAACUUUCUUAUAAAACUGUUAGAAAAGGAAUAUGAAAAUAACCAAGUCAUAUUUUCUUUAUAAAAUGUUCAAAAUAUUUAGGACUUGUUUGCUACUGGUUAUUUACAAAUUGAAAGUUGGAAUAUUUUUUGUAAAAGAAGUAAAAUCACCAGAGAAAAGGGAAACCUAUUAACUAUUAAAGCAAUGGAACAAAAAAUAGAAUUUUAAUUAAAAUAUUACAAUUGGUGUUCAUUGAACUAAAAGGUCUUCAUACUGUAUGUGUGAUCAUGUUUUGUUUUUGACGGUGCAAAGUAAGAAUUGUAUGAAUGAGUUAAAAUACAUUUUUGAAAAUGUUCAUAUCAUUUGUAAAAGUAGAGGAGAAUACUGUACUUCCAAACAUUUUGUGGGAACUUUAUCACAAAGUGUUAAUUUUAAUGGGAAAUGGGUUAUUUCAAGAGCAUAAGUCUUCAAAUGAAAGUAUAAUGUUUAUUUUUAAUUCUAUGAAAUGUGACCUACUAUAUACACGCUUUCUGUAGAGUAUUAGAACUCUAUACAUAAACACUUUGUAACACAUUCCUUCUCUGACCUAUUUUGUUAUAUGUGUGUGAUUAACUGUGACUGUGAAAUAUUAGGACAGUAAAGAGCAUAUUUAUUGA